AUGUUUGGAGGACUUGGCAAGCUCUUGACAGGGGAUGCGGCAGCAAAGACCCGGAAACAGUACCAAUCCAAGGUGGAUGCCAUAAAUGCCCUGGAGCCCAGCAUGCAGGCUCUGUCAGAUGAGCAGCUCCGAGACAAGACAAAGGAGCUGCAGAACAAGUAUCAGGAUGGCAAAACUCUGGACGACUUGCUCGUUGAAGCCUUCGCGGUGGUGCGUGAGGCUUCUAAGCGGGUGCUGGGACUGCGGCCCUUUGAUGUGCAGCUCAUCGGCGGCAUGAUUCUGCACGUAGGGCAGAUUGCAGAGAUGCGCACGGGAGAGGGAAAGACGCUGGUGGCUGUGCUGCCCGCCUUCCUCAACGCGCUGUCAGGAAAGGGAGUGCAGGUGGUGACGGUUAAUGACUACCUGGCAAGGAGGGACAGCGAGUGGGUGGGACAGGUGCACCGCUUCCUGGGCCUCAAGGUGGGCCUCGUGCAGCAGGGGCUCAAUGAGGAGGAGCGCAAGGCCGCCUACAGGGCAGACGUCACCUACGUCACAAACUCCGAGCUCGGCUUUGACUACCUCCGUGACAACCUGGCGCAGAGCGCGGAGGACUUGGUGCUGCGGGACUUCAAUUUCUGCAUCAUUGACGAGGUGGACUCCAUUCUGAUCGACGAGGCGCGCACGCCGCUGAUCAUCUCGGGCCCUGCAGAGAAGUCGUCCUACAAGUACCAGCAGGCGGCGCAGCUGGCGGAGGCCAUGGAGCGCAACCUGCACUACACUGUGGACGAGAAGCAGAAGUCCAUCCUCAUCACCGAGGAGGGCUAUGAGGCCGCUGAGGACGUGCUGCAGUUGACGGACCUGUACGAUCCCCGGGAGCAGUGGGCGUCGUACCUGAUCAACGCCCUGAAGGCCAAGGAGCUGCAGGCCAAGGAUGUCAACUACAUCGUGCGCGGCCAGGAGGUCAUCAUUGUGGAUGAGUUCACCGGCCGCACCAUGCCAGGCAGGCGCUGGGGCGACGGCUUGCACCAGGCAGUUGAGGCCAAGGAGGGCGUGGAAAUCCAGAACGAGACAAUCACCCUGGCUUCCAUCUCCUACCAGAAUUUCUUCAGAAGCUACCCGAAACUGGCGGGCAUGACGGGUACAGCCGUGACUGAAGCGGCAGAGUUCUCCAACAUCUACAGCUUGGAAGUGACAGAGGUCCCACCAAACCGGCCCAUCAGCCGCACAGACAACCCAGACGUUGUCUUCAGGACCGAAGCAGGCAAGUGGGCGGCUGCAGUGACAGAGAUCAAGCUGUACCACAAGCAGGGGCGGCCUGUGCUGGUCGGCACAACCAGCGUUGAGCGCUCUGAGGCCCUCGCAGCCAUGCUCAAGCAAGAAGGUAUCCCCUACGAGCUGCUGAACGCCAAGCCGGAGAACGUGGAGAGGGAGUCGGAGAUUGUGGCGCAGAGUGGGCGCAGGGGUGCAGUCACCAUCUCCACCAACAUGGCUGGUCGCGGCACUGACAUCCUGCUGGGUGGCAACCCCGAGUACAUGGCCAGGUUGAAGCUGCGGGAGGCGCUGAUGCCAGAAGUGGUGAGCCAAGUGGAGGCGCUGGAGAGGGCUGCCAGCAGCAGCAACAACGGCAACGGCAGCAGCAAUGGCAGCAGACCUGCCCGCAUCAAAUCCUGGGCGGCCUCCCCGAAGCUGUUCCCCUGUGACGUCAGCCUAGAGGCCAAGGAUCUCAUGAAAGAGGCGGUGUCAGCUGCAAAGGGUGCGUGGGGAGAGAGGCAUUUGCCAGAAUUGGAAGCUGAGGACAGGCUGGCCAUUGCAUGCGAGCGUGCGCCAACCUCAGAUCCAGUCAUUGCCAAGCUCAGAGCUGCCUUCCAGAGGCUGGAGGCGGACUACAAGGCUGUGACUGACAAUGAGAAGGCGGAGGUGGUGCAGCUGGGCGGCCUGCACGUCGUCGGCACUGAGCGGCAUGAGUCGCGGCGGAUAGACAACCAGCUGCGGGGCAGGUCUGGCCGGCAAGGAGACCCCGGCAGCACCCGCUUCUUCCUCAGCCUGGAAGACAACCUGUUCCGGGUGUUUGGAGGAGACCGCAUCAAGGGCCUCAUGAGCGUGUUCCAGAUCGAGGACCUGCCCAUCGAGUCCAAGAUGCUCACAGACGCCCUGACCGAAGCCCAGCGCAAAGUGGAGUCCUACUUCUUUGACAUCCGGCGGCAGCUGUGGGAGUACGACCAGGUGCUCAACACGCAGCGCGACAAGGUCUACUUGGAGCGGCGGCGCGGCCUUCUCUCCAAGGACCUCUCCCCACUCCUCCUGGAAUACGCCGAGCGCACCGUCGACGACAUCCUCGAGGCGAAUGUGAACCCGACGCUGCCAUCAAAGGAGUGGCCGCUGGAAGCGCUGGCGGCGAAGAUGAAGCAGUACUGCUACCUGCUGGAGGACAUCACGCCGGAGCUGCUGACGGCAGAGAGCGGCGGCGACUAUGAGGAGCUGCGCGCCUACCUCCGGCGGCGAGGCACGCAGGCCUACCAGCAGAAGGUGGCGGAUAUUGAGGCGGUGGAGAGUGGCCUCUUGCAGGAGGCGCAGCGUUUCUUCCUGCUGACGCAGACAGACAACAUGUGGAAGGAACAUUUGCAGGCCAUGAAGUUCCUGCAGCAGGCAGUUGGGCUUCGCGGGUAUGCACAGCGUGAGCCGCUCGCAGAGUACAAGCUGGAGGGCUAUGGCCUGUUCCUGGAGAUGAUGGCCAAGAUCCGGCGCAAUGUCAUCUACAACGUGUACAUGUUCCGCCCCGACCAAGUGCAGAAGAAACAGCCUGCCACAGUCCAGGGAUAGCGCGGCAGAGUGUGGCAGCAGAUGCCUUGUGCGUUUUGACGUCAGAAUUUGGGCUGCUGCAGAGGCUUGUUGCAUUGUAUGAGUGCAUUCUAUGCCUGAAAUGAAAUUGCAGCGCAUGCACAUGUUAUACCAUCUCGUUGUAAAUGUCAUAUCAUGGAAUCGGUGGAAUUCAAUUUUGUAAUUCAAUGGAAAUU